GCCAGACAGGGGGGAAGGGAGGGGAGCCAGCAGGGAGGAGGAGGCCAGGGCCCGCCCCACAGCCACUCUCGCGCCUCCGAACAGCCACAGGGGCAAAGCCCUGUCACCCCCAGGAUCUGGUCAUCAGGGAAAGAGGACAGGGAGACCAGAAGAGGGCCAGCUGGGACGAGGGAGCGGACGCCCAGGACGCAACUUCUGAGACGCAGCUCCUGAGACGGGCAGGGACCAGGCGCGGGAGGCCAGAGGGGGCACAGAGAACAAACCCCCUCAGAAGUGAAGAGGAGAGCGGAAGGAACCGAGCGGGGACGGACAGGAGCUGAGGAGGAAAGAGGAGGGGAGAGGGGUCAGUCCAGGCAGCCAAGGAGAAGACGUGUGGCUGGGGGCUGUCGGCAGGAAGCUGGGACGGACGGGACGGGCUCGGGCUGUCCUGUGGAGCAGCAGCAUCCCCGGGGCCGGCAGAGGCGCCAGUAGCUGGGCGGGAUGAGUCUCUGAGGGCCACUGUGGAGCGCCCCCGCCAUGGCCCCCCGCACCCUCUGGAGCUGCUACCUCUGCUGCCUGCUGACCGCAGCUGCAGGGGCCGCCAGCUACCCUCCUCGAGGUUUCAGCCUCUACACAGGGUCCAGUGGGGCCCUCAGCCCCGGGGGUCCCCAGGCCCAGAUUGCCCCCCGGCCAGCCAGCCGCCACAGGAACUGGUGUGCUUAUGUGGUGACGCGGACAGUGAGCUGUGUCCUUGAGGAUGGAGUGGAGACAUAUGUCAAGUACCAGCCCUGUGCCUGGGGCCAGCCCCAGUGUCCCCAAAGCAUCAUGUACCGCCGCUUCCUCCGCCCUCGCUACCGUGUGGCCUACAAGACAGUGACUGACAUGGAGUGGAGGUGCUGUCAGGGUUAUGGGGGCGAUGACUGUGCUGAGAGUCCCGCUCCAGCGCUGGGGCCUGCGUCUUCCACACCACGGCCCCUGCCCCCGCCUGCUCGCCCCAACCUCUCUGGCUCCAGUGCAGGCAGCCCCCUCAGUGGACUGGGGGGAGAAGGUCCUGGGGAGUCAGAGAAAGUGCAGCAGCUGGAGGAACAGGUGCAGAGCCUGACCAAGGAGCUGCAAGGCCUGCGGGGAGUCCUGCAAGGACUGAGCGGGCGCCUGGCAGAGGAUGUGCAGAGGGCUGUGGAGACGGCCUUCAACGGGAGGCAGCAGCCAGCUGACGCGGCUGCCCGCCCUGGGGUGCAUGAAACCCUCAAUGAGAUCCAGCACCAGCUGCAGCUCCUGGACACCCGCGUCUCCACCCAUGACCAGGAGCUGGGUCACCUCAACAACCAUCACGGCGGCGGCAGCAGCAGUGGGGGCAGCAGGGCCCCAGCCCCAGCCUCAGCCCCUCCGGGCCCCAGUGAGGAGCUGCUGCGGCAGCUGGAGCAGCGGUUGCAGGAGUCCUGCUCCGUGUGCCUGGCCGGGCUAGAUGGCUUCCGCCGGCAGCAGCAGGAGGACAGGGAGCGGCUGCGAGCGAUGGAGAAGCUGUUGGCCUCAGUGGAGGAGCGGCAACGGCACCUCGCCGGGCUGGCCGUGGGCCGCAGGCCGCCUCAGGAAUGCUGCUCUCCAGAGCUGGGCCGGCGACUGGCAGAGCUGGAGCGCAGGCUGGAUGUCGUGGCCGGCUCAGUGACAGUGCUGAGUGGGCGGCGAGGCACAGAGCUGGGAGGAGCCGCAGGGCAGGGGGGCCACCCCCCAGGCUACACCAGCUUGGCCUCCCGCCUGUCUCGCCUGGAGGACCGCUUCAACUCCACCCUGGGCCCCUCGGCGGAGCAGGAGGAGAGCUGGCCUGGGGCUCCUGGGGGGCUGGGCCACUGGCUGCCUGCUGCCCGGGGCCGACUAGAGCAGUUGGGGGGGCUGCUGGCCAAUGUGAGCGGGGAGCUGGGGGGGCGGUUGGAUCUGUUGGAGGAGCAGGUGGCAGGGGCCAUGCAGGCAUGCGGGCAGCUCUGCUCUGGGGCCCCUGGGGAGCAGGACUCUCAGGUCAGUGAGAUCCUCAGUGCCUUGGAGCGCAGGGUGCUGGACAGUGAGGGGCAGCUGCGGCUGGUGGGCUCUGGCCUGCACACGGUGGAAGCGGCAGGGGAGGCCCGGCAGGCCACGCUGGAGGGAUUACAAGGGGUUGUGGGCCGGCUCCAGGAUCGUGUGGAUGCCCAGGAUGAGACAGCUGCAGAGUUCACACUACGGCUGAAUCUCACUGCGGCCCGGCUAGGCCAACUGGAGGGGCUGCUGCAGGCCCAUGGGGAUGAGGGCUGUGGGGCCUGUGGUGGAGUCCAAGAGGAACUAGGCCGCCUUCGGGAUGGUGUGGAGCGCUGCUCCUGCCCCCUGUUGCCUCCUCGGGGUCCUGGGGCUGGUCCAGGUGUUGGGGGCCCAAGCCGUGGGCCCCUGGACGGCUUCAGCGUGUUUGGGGGCAGCUCAGGCUCAGCCCUGCAGGCCCUGCAAGGAGAGCUCUCUGAGGUUAUUCUCACCUUCAGCUCCCUCAAUGACUCACUGAAUGAGCUCCAGACCACUGUGGAGGGCCAGGGCGCUGAUCUGGCUGACCUGGGGGCAACCAAGGACCGCAUCAUUUCUGAGAUUAACAGGCUGCAGCAGGAGGCCACAGAGCAUGCUACGGAGAGUGAGGAGCGCUUCCGAGGCCUAGAGGAGGGACAGGCACAGGCCGGCCAGUGCCCCAGCUUAGAGGGGCGAUUGGGCCGUCUUGAGGGUGUCUGUGAACGGUUGGACACUGUGGCUGGGGGACUGCAGGGCCUGCGCGAGGGCCUUUCCAGACACGUGGCUGGGCUCUGGGCUGGGCUACGGGAAACCAACACCACCAGCCAGACGCAGGCAGCCCUGCUGGAGAAGCUGGUCGGGGGACAGGCGGGCCUGGGCAGGCGGCUGGGUGCCCUUAACAGCUCCCUGCAGCUCCUGGAGGACCGUCUGCACCAGCUCAGCCUGAAGGACCUCACUGGGCCUGCGGGAGAGGCUGGGCCCCCAGGGCCUCCUGGGCUGCAGGGACCCCCAGGCCCUGCUGGACCUCCAGGAUCGCCAGGCAAGGACGGGCAAGAGGGGCCCAUCGGGCCACCAGGUCCUCAAGGUGAACAGGGAGUGGAGGGGGCACCAGCAGCCCCUGUGCCCCGAGUGGCAUUUUCAGCUGCCCUGAGUUUGCCCCGGUCUGAACCAGGCACGGUCCCCUUCGACAGAGUCCUGCUCAAUGAUGGAGGCUAUUAUGAUCCAGAGACAGGCGUGUUCACAGCGCCACUGGCUGGACGCUACUUGCUGAGCGCGGUGCUGACUGGGCACCGGCACGAAAAAGUGGAGGCCGUGCUGUCCCGCUCCAACCAGGGCGUGGCCCGCGUAGACUCCGGCGGCUACGAGCCUGAGGGCCUGGAGAAUAAGCCGGUGGCCGAGAGCCAGCCCAGCCCGGGCACCCUGGGCGUCUUCAGCCUCAUCCUGCCGCUGCAGGCCGGGGACACGGUCUGUGUCGACCUGGUCAUGGGGCAGCUGGCGCACUCGGAGGAGCCGCUCACUAUCUUCAGCGGGGCCCUGCUCUAUGGGGACCCAGAGCUUGAACACGCAUAGACUGGGGUCCCGCCCGACGUGUCUACGCCGGCUGAAGAGACAGCGGGGUCGGCGGGCUCCUGGGAUCUCGCCUGAGACGGGGCACCCAGCCCUGGGCGAGCGCCGCACCCGGGCCCGCAGCGGCACCGCGCCCAGAGCGGCCUCUCCCCACGCCCGGGGCGCGCCGGCUCAGGGAGGCUCGGGGCCGCCCAUGCAGACUUUUGGCCUGGCGCGAUCCCCCAAGAUCCCCUCCAGGGCCGGCCUGCGGAGGAGCCGAUCCUCGCACCCUCCACUCCCUCCACUGGCCCUCCAGGCCGAUUCCCUGGGCUCCAGGCUCCCCCGCGCGGGCGCCGCCCACCGCCGUACUAAACGAUCCAGGAAUAAAGACACUUGGUUUUUCUAAAAAAAA